UUCACAACCGAUGGCUUAUAUAUAUAAAGUCCGUUUCGAUGGACUUUGCCGCUUUACAUUUGCAAUGCUAAUCAGACCUGGAAACAAGGUACCAAAAACAAGUCCGCCUGUUAGUCGUCGGUCACAAACCAGAAUGCCAUCUGUGGUUAGAUACAGUGUCUGGACAUUGUUGGUCCUCCUCGGGACCGUCUCAGUGGAAGGAUCUCAUUUUCGCGGGGCAACCUUCUCCUGGAAACCGAUUCCAAACGACCCGGACUUGAUCCAGUGUAACUUUCGUAUGAGUUGGAGGAGGUCUAGUAGCGAGGGUGGAAGUUGCGACCAGACGACAAUCAGUGACAAUCGCCUGAUCGGAGGUGGCAACUGGGACACACCCGAAGGCUCGCUUCCCGCUGACUACUACUGUACUGACUUCAGUGUACAGGAGGACUGGUCACAGGGAACCAACUCCAUGAAUGUCUCUAUGCGAGGAAACACUGUCACCGAUGUAAGCUUUGACGGUUGCUGUUGGAUCACUGUUCAACGUCCUAACGGAGGAACCCACGACCCUGAUUGGAAUUUGGUCUCUCAUGUUGACUUAUCCGUCAGACCUGACACCGGCCGACCUAACUCCUCCCCAAUCUCCGCCAGCUCGGCUAUAUACAGGGUACAGAUCAGCUGUGACACCGUGAUCCGGAUUCCGUGGGAAGAUCCGGACGGAGACAUCGUGAAGUGUCGGUACGCUUCGGUUUUUGGCGAGUGUGGGGAGGCUUGUGAUCCACUUCCGUUUUCUGUUCUCGAUGAGGACAAGUGCGAGAUCUCAUACAGGACAUCCCAGGGCAGCCUGAGGCCGGGAUGGUACGCUGUAGCCUUAACGCUAGAGGACUAUCCAUCCGGGUCCAAUACCAUUGCUGGAUCGGGGCUGAGUCGUGUGCCUCUGCAGUUCCUAGUCGAUGCUUACACCUCCAACAACCUGUGCAACAUGAAACCAGUUCUGACUGGCCGAACCCCCCAAGACAGGGACAGAGUCCUUGUUCCUGGUGGGGGAACCUACCAUGCAGUCCUGGAGGCAGAAUCUCCCAACCCUGCUGUUAGUAUUGCAGAGAUCUCAACCGUUUCUCCACUUGGGAUGAUUAAGUCAGCCCUAAUAACCACUCCGGACAAUCCCCGUCGUGCACAUGUCAACAUCACAUGGACACCUACCGAGGCACAGGUUGGCCAACAUGUUUUCUGCUUCCUGGCACAGGAUUCCAAUAGGAUCAACUCUGACCAGCGCUGCAUCACACUUGUCUAUGAUGGAACACCUGAUGUGGAUGAGUGCCUGGUGAACAAUGGUGGCUGCUCUCAUGACUGUGUCAACACGGAUGGAUCGUACCACUGCAUGUGCCCAGUUGGGAGGCUGCUGAACCCCCUGGACAACAAGCAGUGUGAUGAUGUUAAUGAGUGUGCAUUUGGUCCAGACCUCUGCCAUGGCAACGCCACCUGUAUCAACACUCCUGGUUCCUACAUCUGUCAGUGUAACUCUGGCUAUGCAGGAAAUGGCACAGUGUGUACGAACAUCAAUGAAUGUGCAGUCGGCACCCAUGGAUGUCACAACAAUGCUCAAUGUGUUGACCUGCCUGGAUCACAUGACUGCAUAUGUGAACUUGGAUAUGUGGGAGAUGGACGUCUGUGCACAGAUGUGAACGAAUGUGCUGAGGACAAGGGUGACAUGUGUAACACAAAUGCAACUUGUGUCAACACUCCUGGGUCCUACAGGUGUGACUGUAACCAUGGAUACAAAGGUGAUGGGACCACUUGCACAGAUAUUGAUGAAUGUGCCACGGAUAACGGCAUGUGCGAGGAUAUUUGCAUCAACACAGCUGGGAGCUACAUGUGCGCAUGCUCCAAUGGUCUCCUCAUGCUGGCAGAGGAUGGAAGAGGCUGCACAUUUGUUGGUGCAUCAACGACUUGCGCUAAUGAGUACAUGGAACUGGCCCUGCCUGCAAACAAACUGGCAAUAGUCAACACCAGCAACCUGCACUGCGACCCCUGACGCACAUGUAUGGCCUCAUUUCAUGGCACACACCAUCUGCUGCGCACUGGUCUGUAUGAGUGUGGCACAAAGGUAACCUUUGACCCAAAGUACGUCAUCUUCUCCAACCUUGUCAGCCUUUACAACAUCCACAAGGCCACAAGAACCAUCAGUCGGGAUGAUGAUAUUAUCAUGCAUUCUAC